UCGUGUCUUCCUGCAUGGCAGGGGGUUGGACUUUGUGGCCCUUCCAACUCUAUGAUUCUAUAAGCUAGCCGGACUUUUUGAAAGAGUGAAAAAUUAAUAGCAGUGGAAUCAUAAUUACUCAUCACUUCAGUUCACAAGCUGCUUGAUAUGGAUUCAGUGAUUGAGUACAUGUUAAACGAGACCCUCAUAGAGUUGUAGAUCGCCCACCUUGAAAAUGGCGUUGAGCAUGCAGCAUAAAUUACAUUAAAACACAUUGAAUGUUUUGUUGGUUCUGUUUCGUUGUAUUGUUUUUUAAAAAUAACUUUAAAAUACAGAAAAUAAAUGUACUUGGGCAGCACAGUCCACAACCUGAGGCGGCUGGGGAUGGCACUGCUGCAGCACCGCCUCCAAAGGGCUUUUUGACAGCCCAGGGAGGCAGAAAAUAUAGGAAAACCUCCCUACUGCUGGAAAUCCUCCUUAGGGAACAAUCCAAGCCCCAAGCCAUGGCAUGCCUGCCUGUAAACCUGGGGCGGAAGCUGGCUAACAUCAGCUCCAGCCGCAGGAAUGCUUCUGGCGUGUCCCUCAAUGCCAGGCAUCCCACAUCGGGGCAUUUUAAAGGGCUGUGGCAACCGCCCACCAAUGUGUUUGCCCCUCCAGCAGAGUAAGUGUCCCAGGGAAGGCAAAUCCACACCACUUCCACAGGAUGAUUCCCCCCACACUGUAAAAACUGUAAGAAAAAAGAAAAAAGAUACACCAAGUAAUGAAGAAAAACAACUGGCGAAGAAGAGAAAAUCAUGCACAGAGCAAUCGGAGGCAAAUUUACAAUCCUAGGCCAUACCGAAUACGCAAUCACUGGAGCCAUACAGAAAGGCAUGAACAAGAAGAAUUGCCAAGCUCACAGAAUUCCGAUACAAGCCAAACUGAAUAUCCAUCUACAUCUUCUGGCAUUUGUCAGAACAGUCCAGUGCCGGAAUUACCAGGAUUCUACUAUGAUCCUGAAAAGAACCGUUACUUCCGCUUGCUCCCUGGGCAUAAUAACUGCAAUCCUCUGACUAAAGAAAGCAUUCAGCGCAAGGAGAUAGAAUGCCAGAGACUGAAACUCUUAGAAGAGGAAGAGAAAUGUGUGAAGAAAACAUCCAGAUCUGGGCUGAACUCAUCAAUCAUCUUGCGUAAGAGGCAAUUAGGUUUGUUUAGCUCUCUUGGUUAUUGCAGGCUGAUCCAUGAAUUAAAGGUGAAUUGCAUGCAGAGGAGAAAAAUAGAAAUUGAAAACCCAGAUUCCUCAGUUUCUGGAAGCAACCAUUUUAAACUGAUAGCGGCAGACACAGCCCGUGAGAGAAUAUUCACAGUGAAUGAUGCAGAGUUUGGAGGAUGUAAAUAUGGAAUUGUUGACCUCAGUGGCUUGGGGAAAGAUUCUCUUACCGUGGAGAUGUAUAAUAAUCUGUACUUCACAAAUCGCAAGGUGAAUUCUGUGUGCUGGGCUUCACUAAGUCAUCCGGAUUCUCAUGUUUUGCUGUGUCUCAUGGGCGGUGCAGAAACUUUGGGCUGUGCUAGUCUACUCCCUGCCUACUUGUUCACCAACUCUGACACAGGAGACCAACCUGGAAUGCUGUGUAGUUUCAGGAUCUCCACUGCUUGGUCCUGUGCUUGGUGUUUGAAUCCUCAGGCUGAUAACUGCUUUAGCACAGGUUUAACCCACCGAGUGUUUGUGACCAAUGCAAUGACAGGUCAUCGGCAAACAUUUCGCACUGGCAGUGAUGUCCUUGCACAGCAGUUUGCUAUUCAGACUCCAGUGCUAUACAAUGGCUGUCGUUCAGGGGAAAUUUUCAGUAUUGAUAUCCGUCAGCGCAGCCAUAAAGGGCAAGGUUGGAAAGCUAUCCGUCUCUUCCAUGAUUCGGCAAUCACAUCGGUUAACCUUCUGAAAACGGAGCAGUAUCUCAUGGCUGCAGAUAUGGAAGGCCAGAUAAAACUAUGGGAUCUGAGAAAACUAAGAUGUGUGAAAGAGUAUAAAGGCCAUCACAAUGAACAUGCCAUUCUCCCCUUGCAUGUAAAUGAGGAAGAAGGGCUUCUUACAGCAGUGGGUCAGGAUUGCUACACCAGAAUAUGGAGUCUUCAGGAUGCUCAUUUACUCAGGACUAUCCCUUCUCCAUAUCCAUCGUCCAAGGACUCCAUCCCAAGUGUGGUAUUCUCAUCACGACUUGGAGGUUCCCGAGGCAUUCCUGGACUGCUCAUGGCUGUCCAACAAGAUCUCUAUUACUUCUCUUAUAAGACAGAUGAACCAUAUUGUUUGCGUACCAAAGACAUGGACCAUUCAACUGUCCUUAGUGACUAAGAGGGAAAAAAGUUAUGCUUGCCUGUCCUGAAGUUGUUGUACUAACAUGCCUGAGAGCUUUUUAUCUUCAGCAUUUCAUCUACAUUUUUUCUUCUCAAGAACUGUAAUUCUGAAGAACUGGUCAUUUGGAUCAUUGAGUUGUUUGUGCUGUUUUCAAGUGGUUAAUUUAUUCUCUUUGCAUAUAUUGUCAAUUGAAGAUAUUUGUGUUAAAGCAGCGGUUAUCUGGUCUUGCCCAAUUAGAGAUAUGGAGUAGGCUGCCUAAUAAGGAUCUGUACAACUCCGGAUUCCUACAUGGUUCUGUAUUUGAGGUUUUACAGAAUUCUAAUGUCAUGGGAGUGGAAACAUACAGAAUUCUAAUGUCAUGGGAGUGGAAACAGUUUUCCCUUUGUCUAAUCUAGCCUUUUGUACUAUGGCUUCGAUCUUUUUCUUUUGACUCGUUAGGAAACCUUGUUUACCCACAUAGUUAAUGUCAAUCCCAAGAUAAUGGGUUAUUUCACCCAAGUCCUUCACUACGAAGGUUUCACAUAGUUGUUGAUAUAUGACAUUCAACUGUUUUUCUGUCUUUGCACAAACACAGAUAUCAUCUACGUA